AUGUUUAAACUUUCAUCAAAUGAUAUUAAUAAUAAAUUAGAAAAAUUAGGAUCAGAGGAUAUUGGUAGCAGCAGUAGUAGUUUUAAUAAUAAUAAUAAUAAUGAAGAUGGUGUAAAGAAAUAUACAUCACCAAUUAAAGUAAUUGGAGUUCAAGGUAAUAGUUGUAUUGGAUUUUCACCAGAUGAUAGUAGAUUUGCAUUUGUUUCUGGAAAUGGUUCAAUUUAUAUUGCAAAAGAUAUGAAGAAUGAUAGUUUUGAAAUUGAAAAUGUAUUAACAGGUCAUUCACAUUCCGUAGAUUGUUUAUUAUUUCAUCCAAAAGAACCAAUACUUGUUUCUGGUGGCUUUGACGGUAUAUUUAUUUGGGAUUAUCUAAAAGGUUUUAUUAUUAAAAAAGUUUUAACACAUAAAGAUAUAGAUUCACAUGAUUCAAAAGUUGAAGCAUUAGCAUGGUUAUAUAAUGGAACAUCAUUAGUUACAGGUAGUAAAGAUUCUACGAUAAAGAUAUGGGAUUUUAUGGAACAAGGAUAUCCAUUAUUAGAGACUAUAACAGCACAUAAAGCCCCAGUAACAUGUUUUUCAGUUAAUAAUGAAAGUAAUAUACUUGCAAGUGCUGGACGUGAUUCAUCGGUUAAAGUUUGGGAUAUAUCAACAUUAAGACCAGAAUUUAGAAGUAAGAGAUCAGAUGAUUCAUCAAUAAAAGUAACGAUUCAAUCAACAUUGGAAGGGCAUAUGGGUGACGUUGUUUCAAUGUAUUUCAGUAGGGAUGGGUCAAUGUUAUUUUCAGGUGCACGUGAUAAUGAAAUUAAAGUUUGGAGUAUUAAAGAACAAUCGGAAAUUAGAUCCAUUAAACAACAUAAAGGUGAUGUUACAUGUUUAAAACUUUUAGGUAAAGAUCAAUCAAUUCUAAUGACCUCUUCAAUCGAUGGUACUGUUAAAUCCAUUAGAUUGGGUAAAAUUAAAUCACUAAUUGGUAAUGAUGUAUUACAAAUUGAAGAGUUAACUAAAGAAGCACAAAUCAUUGAAUCUCAAGCUAUAUCUGGAAAUAUUCAUAUUAAUUCCAUUAGUGAUAUCAAUGAUCCAAAUGCUGGUGAAUAUUUAGAUAUUGGUUUAGGUAGUGGUAUUGGUAUUGGUGGUGAUAAUGGCGUUGGUAGUGAUAAAGAUAAAGUUUUAUUCUCUUUUGAACUACACGAUGGUAUUGGUAUUGGUACAAUGACAUUUAGCAAUUCAUUAAAACUUGUGGCAACUUCAGCUGAUCGUUCAAUUAGAAUUUGGAGAUUGCCAACCUCAAAUUAUUCUGAUAAACCAAUAUUAAUUCAUGAGUUUGUUGGUCAUAGAGGUCCUGUAAAUAGUGUUCAAAUCCUACCAAAUUCAAACUCAAUCCUAUCUGGUAGUACAGAUUAUAAUGUUUUCCUAUACAAUUUAAAUACAAUGAAAAGAGAAAUGGUUUUUAAUUUUGAAGGUUCAGUUUAUACAAUGUGUGUUGGUUCAAAAAAUAAUCAAACUGUUGUUUUCGUUGGUGGUAAUCAUUAUGAUAUUAAAGGUUAUUUAAUUAAUCAAAAUGAUGAAAAUAGCAAUAAUAAUAAUCAAUUACCAAUUGUACAAUUUAAUGGACAUAGUGGUAAAGUUCAAACAAUUGCGAUUAAUCCAGAUUGUACAAUGUUAGUAAGUGGUGGUAAUGAUUUUGAUAUAUUAGUUUGGCAAAUUAAAAUGCCAUAUGUUUAUCGUGGUGGUGAUGAGUUUAAUCAAUUACAAAAACCUAUUAAUAAACAAUCAUUUCAUAAAGGUCAUAUCACUGGUUUAUGUUUUAGUGAUAAUGGUAAAUAUUUAAUUUCAUCAAGUACUGAUCAUUCAAUUGUGCUUUGGACUGUAAAUUCAAAUGGAAAGAAAAUUAAUAGAGAAAUUACAAUUGAAAAUGCUCAUAAUAGCGUUGUAUCGGCAAUUUCAUUUGGCCAUGGUCAAAUCUCUUCACAAUUCUUUUAUUCUGGUAGUUGGGAAGGUUCAAUUAGAGUUUUUGAUACAAGUAAUCUAAAGAAAUGUUCAAAAUCAAUUCAUGAAUUUAAAGCUCAUAAUUCUCGUUUAUCAAGUUUAACAGUUUCAUCUGAUGGUUCAAUUUUAAUCGCUUCAUUUUCUGAUGGUAUCAUUAAAACAUUUUCAUCGGUUCGUCCUUGGUCCCCAAUUGCUAUUUACUCUCCAAAUGAAAGUACUAGUUGUAAUGCUUUAUCUUCAAAUUUUUCAUUUUUUGUUAGUGGUUCUGAUAAUGGUUUAAUUAGAUGUUGGCCAACUGGUAAUGAACAAAUUAAUUAA